AUGUUUUUUCUUCCAGGUGUUUCUUCCAAAGGCUGGUCCAUGCACAUCCCGUCAGAGGUAACCGGCGAAAUUGGCAAGGCAGUUGCCUUGCCCUGCACAUUCACACACCCACAGAACACCAACGACCAGACCCUGACAGCCAUUUGGCGGGUCAAAGAACCUUUCAAUGGGGCCGUUGUUUUCAAGUGUGUUUCCCACAGCUCAAGUGACCCCUGCAAAACCACCGUUGGCUCGGAGGGCAGAUACAAGCUCUUGGGGAACCCGAGGCAGAACAACCUCUCGCUCCAGAUCAACAGCCUGACGUGGAACGACAAGAACAGAUACUUCUGCCGAGUCGAGUUCUCUGGGGAUUUCCACGACAAGUAUGAGAGCAGGAUGGGAAUCAGGCUCCACCUCAUAGCUCCCCCCAGGAUCGUUAACAUCUCCGUCCAGACCAGCCAGGACCACGCUUUCCACGCAAGGUGCACAGCCGAAGGAGAGCCUCUGCCCACCCUGACAUGGGCCGGGCCUCCCUCCGACAACAUCAUCUCGGCUUCAACUACGGCCCACCAGAUAACCAAGGAGCUUCAGCGCCUGACGCACGAUGGGAAGUACACCUGCACAGCUGUUAACAGCCUGGGAAGAGCAGAGGGGGCUGUAUACUUCUACAAAUUCAGAGCUGGGGGCAGCUCCUGGGUCCUGGUCCUCUUGUUUGCCGCCUUGGGGAUUAAGAUGCUGGCGCUAGUGGCGAUACUGGGGCUUGGCGCUUUCUGGAAGAGAGGUAGGUGCAUGUUUCUGUUGCGUUGUCAAUCACUCAGAGAUGCUUCCUAA